AUGGAGAAUAAAGAUCAAAUCAACAACAAAGAUAUGAACAACGACAACUCAUUUAUUCUGGCAACUGCUGAGGAGCUGAAUCAAACACUGUGUCCACAGCAGGAACAGAGUGAAGUAAGAGCAGUAGAUCACAUCAACGUGGUGGAUGAAGCCCCUUGCAAAAUAUCUGCCGUAUGCAGCGUGAAGCAGACAAAUUUUGUGGUGGAAGUUGAAAAAAUGACCAACACUCUUAUUCAGAUGAAAAACUACGAUCUUGUCACAAAGGAUGGAGAAACUCUUCUAAAAAGAGUGUCCUUCUCUCUUCCUAAGGGAAAGAUGAUCGCUCUUCUGGGGCUGAGCGGUGACGGAAAAACCACUCUGAUGGACAGCAUGGCAGGACUCUGCAAGCCUUCCCACACAACAUACGGAGAAGUGCACGUUGAGAACGAGUUUGGAGUGCUUGCAAAAAGAGACGUAGCAGACUGGUUCACCAGAGUUAACUACUCCCAGCAAAAAACUCUUGACUACGGACAAAUGCCUCUCUACACAGUUCUGUGCUCAAUCGCAAAGUGCGAAGGAAAAAAGAACAGAGAAGUAAGAGAGCUCAUGGAGACUUUUAGAAUCUCAAAAGUAAAAAACGUAGAAUUCAAAAAUCUGUCCGGAGGAGAGCAGAAAAGAGCUAUGCUCAUAGCUGGGCUUCUUUCCAACAAAGAGUUCAACAUAUGGGACGAGCCACUUACCGGCCUGGACUCUGAAAUGGCUAAAACAGUCAUUAAGAUUCUGAAGAACACCCAGGCCACUAACUUACUGACAGUCCACCAGGUGUCUGAAGACUUGCUGCAGAGAUUCAACCACAUAAUACUUAUGCACAGAUCAACCAUCAUAUACUCUGGUCCAGCCAGCGCGAUAAAAGAACACUUCACAAGCAAAGGAAUAGUCUUCCCAAGCACAGUCUUUUUCGUGGACUAUCUUAUGAAAAUGUGUGCAAACAACAGCGAUGAUGAGUUCGACACAGAAAACAUAAAAAUAUUCAACGGUCUAGCAGAGUCCAUUCUGCAGACGCCAAGUGGCCCAAAGGCCGGCGGAAGCAUAAGCCAUGCGAGCUAUUCGCUGAAGCUGUCUUUUGUGCGCAUCUUGGAGAUCCUUAAGAGAGUCUUCUUUUUCGACAAGAUGUUUAAAGGAAGUUCAUUUGUCAUGGAUCUCUACACACCCACUGUGAUGACCACCCUCAUUUUGUUCAUUUUCACAUUCCAAUUCAGCAAGAAAGUAUUUGCAGAGGAAGGAAUACACAAGUACCUUUUAUGGCCACUCCAGGACAUGCAGUACAAGCUGGUGGGAAUAAGAGACGGAAUGAUAGCAGCUGGAUACAUGGGACACGCCGCUGAAACAAGCAAGAUCCUUGAGGUUGUAGGGAACAUAAGCUGGAUUAACAUGCUGAGCAUGUUCUUCAUGCUCUCCAGCAUAUGUGUUGCAAUGUUCGCCAUAGCAAUGCCCAGCAACUUCCUAAACCCAGACUUCUACAGACUCUGCAAGUCCAACAUAAGAGAAAAACAGAUCACAACUCUUGAGUUUAUUUCUUCUCUUAUGAUCGAUAUUUUUUUGAAAAAAACACUGAUCAUUUGGGUUGCCCAGUCGAUUAUAUACGGUUUCAUAUACUUCCAGUUGGACAAGAGCCUGAGAGAGACAAUAACCAUUAGCCAUCCUGUUGCCAUAGGAUUGAUAUUCGUCUCUUCUCUUGUAGCAGGACUGCACGGAUGCGCUUUAAAUCUUGCGCCAAUCUCGCAGAGUGUCUUUGGACUUGUCAGCAUAUUAUACUUAGGAGUUAUAUCGUAUCUUCCCAAUGUCAUACACAGUGUGGCAUACACAUACGAUGACUCUUCAAGCAUGAUGCAGCUGAUAUCUAUAUUCAGGUAUGACAGCCAGAACGUUAUCCACCGCAUUAUAACUAACCUAGGUAUAGUAGAUGCAUUCAACAGCCCUAUCCCACGUGCUAUUUGCACAGGCAUUUUCUCAGUAGUCAAGUUCCUCUUCGUAAUGGGGCCCAUAGACUGUUUCAUGAAUCUUAUCUCAAAGAUUGCCCUCUACCAGAACAAACUGCAGUUCGCUCCAGGCACUGUGCUGGAUUCAGAUGCAGUGGAGGCCAUUGCAGACAGCUUCAGCGCUAUGGAAAUAGUUAGGGACGAGAACAGCAUCUGCAUCAACACCAGAGACCAGUUCUUAAGGCUUUUAUUCGACAUAUCUGGCGGCCUGCAGGCCCACGAGGUGUUUGAUCAGAACAAACCGCUUGGAACCAUUUCAGGUCUGAGCCUCCUGUGGAGCACUGCCAGAUUCUUCAUUCUGCCAUGCGUUUUGCUCUGCAUAACAGGAGUCUACACCUACAGAACUCUGCAUCCAAAGCUGAGAAACUAA